AUGCCAAUCAAAACAACCACCAUCCUACCCAACCGCCGAGACGGUCCCUCAACCUCCACCACUCCACGUCGUAAACCCCAAUCCCCAAUCCUCUCCCGCCUACCCACCUCUGAAGCAGCAUCCACCCUUCAAUCCUCCGCCGUCGCUACCAUCGGCUCCAUUCGCACACUCGCGUCCAUCUCUUCCGCCGCCACCUCCCUUCAUGCCAUCCCCACUCCGCGACGCGCCAUCAAAGUAGUUCUAAUCGGCGACGGAGGUACAGGCAAAACUUCACUCCGCAAUCGAUUUCUCACCAACACGUUCUACCCUUCUUACCGCGCAACCAUCGGUGCUGAUUUCAUCACAAAAUCUCUUCCUCUCGACCCUUUGAAUCCGGAAGGAGAGAAAGCGACGUUGCAAAUAUGGGACACAGCAGGACAGGAGAGAUUUCAAAGUUUAGGAUCAGCGUUUUAUAGAGGUGCGGAUGCGGUAGUGAUUGCGAUAGAUGUAAGUAAAGGCUUGGAAGAGGUGAAGAAGGUGAAAGGGUGGUACGAGGCGUUUAUGCAAAAAGGUCCAGGGCCGGAAGAGGAGGGGGAUAGGAGGAGGUUUUGUUGGAUAUGUGUUGCGAAUAAAUCUGAUUUGCUGGAGGAUGUGGAUGGGGGGAUGGGGUUACAGAGGGCGGUUGUGAGGGGGGCGUUGGAUGGGUUAGUGACUAGGAGAGAGGGACAGGUAGAUUGGGGGAUAGACCCGGGUCAGAUGGGCGAGAGACCAAGUGGAGAUGAAGAACCAGCGGAUCCAAGUGAGGUGCUAAGUAGACCUAAUCCAUAUGCUAUACCUCCGGAAGAGGAGGGCACUCCAAUGAAACCUUCGACAUCGAUCAAUGGAAUCACUUCCCCUACACCAGCGAGAAAGAAUUCUUCGAAAGACUACAAACUCUCUCGUAAGUCUCUUUCCUCGAUAGCUGCUGCUGCGAAGAAAAACAGCGACACGCAAGCGAACGGCAAUGGGACAGUCAACACAAUGUAUGGCACCCCUUACAACACGAUUUCUAACCUUCCGCAACUUAGCUCUUCACCGACCGCCAAGUUGGAUCUCAAUACAUCUAAGCAGGAUGGUGCGACAGGUUCAACCGCUAGCAGCAGUAACGCAGGCGGUGGAGCCAGCAGUGGCUUCUUUCCAAGUUGGAGGCGAAGUAAAGCGUCUUCCUUUUCCCUUCAGCCAGGAGCGGGAAAGAAGGGGCAUGCGAAAAGACAAUCGAUUAAGAGCAUCGAAGUGUUUCAUCUUUCAGAUCACGAAUCGUCUUCAGAAACCGAAGCAGGGGGGGAUAGAAAGUUCGCCUUCCCCUCCUCCGCCGCACGAACACCUCCACCAAAAAGCCUCAAGAGCAGCUUCGGAGGAAAGGGGGGCGAGAGGGAGAGAGUGGAUUCAACGCUGAGUCUAGGCGCUCCUAGUGUAUACCACACUCCUAGAAGUAGUACUAUCUUGAGCUCUAGUCCUACUCCACGCAUCACCUUGGGAUUGCCGAGUGCGAGUGGGAGAGAUGAUAGGAGUUUGAGACAUGGAAAGGAUCAAUCUGGUGCAAGCAGUUUGAGGGUUGAUGGUCUACCACCUUCCUCCUCCUCCGCACUUUCGCCGUCAGAAGGAGGAGAAAGUGGAAAAGGACUAAAACAUAAACCAUGCUUAGCUUCAUCAUCAGCUGGUAGCGUUGCCACGCUCAAACCUCCCCCUCUCAUCGCUCACCGUAGCAGUUCUACCCAACACCCUGCAUUACGUGCUCCGAAGAGUAUCAAUGACCUCUUCCAACUCGAACCGCAAUUGCAAACACAAAGUUCGCCUCGCUCACCACCACUACCUUCGCCAGAUCCACCAGGCACACCAUCCACGAUCUCACUCCCACCCACACCCCUCCCUCCACCUAUCAACCCCAACACCGCCGAGGUAGGGGAGAUAGAAGAAGGUUUCACCCUAUUCUACACCUCGGCCAAAACAGGACACAACGUUGAUCGACUCUUCUCACACAUCGUACAUCGAGUAACAACACUGCAGGCGUACGAGGACGCAGCUCGACGCACAGCCGAAGAUCAAGGUGAAAGAGAAGAACGAGAACGAAAAGAGCAAGAACUGAUGCGGAGGACGAUUAGGUUGGCUAGUGGGAAGAAUCCCGAUCGUGGUUGGUUGGGGUGCUGCUGA